UGGCGACCUCUCGUCGUUCAACCACUCUUCUCCCACUAUCUUUUUCUAGCUCGCGGGGCAUGUCUGGCUGCACGGGCGCCGUCUGCUAUUCUUUUUGAUUCAUCAUCCCACCACGCCAUCCUUCUCUCACCGACUCGAGCCCGACACCUCCGCCGCCGCUCCGCACUCCAUCCGCCCUCCCCCGAACAACCACGCACGACGACGACGCACACGACCACAACAUGGAUACCGCCGGCCUCAAACAGCGACACACGCCGGGCGAGCCGCAGCAGGUGCCGCCCGAGCCUGCCAUCAGGCAACAUCCUGCCGGCCCGGCCAAGCACGGCGGCGCCAAGCAGGCGCUGCGCAUGUUCCUGUUCGGCCUCUACUUCUUCGGCAGCUGCAUAUGCAUCAAUCUCUCGCAGUUCCUGGGCGCGCCGCUCUACCUCAUCGACAAGGACUGGUACUAUGCCUGGAUGGCUGUGACCAAGCAACACUUUGGCCUACUUAUCACCACCAUGACGCAGUGGUGGAGCCCCACGGUCGUGCGCAUCAGCGGCGACGAGAGCGUGCGCGGCCAGCUGCGCCAGAUGCCCGAUGGCCGCGUCGAGUGCGACUUCCCCGAGCGCCUCAUCCUCAUCGCAAACCACCAGAUCUACACCGACUGGCUGUACCUGUGGUGGAUCGCGUACACGGCGCGCAUGCACGGCCACCUGUACAUCAUUCUCAAGGAAUCGCUCAAGUACAUUCCCAUCAUCGGCACCGGCAUGCAGUUCUUCAGCUUCAUCUUCCUGUCGCGCAGGUGGGCGUCGGACAAGCCGCGCUUCCAGCACCGCCUGCAGAAGCUCAACGGUCGGCACCACGGCCCCAUGGCUGGCACCCACGAUGUCGACCCUAUGUGGCUGCUCAUAUUCCCUGAGGGCACCAACCUCAGCCACAACGGCCGCGUGAGCAGUGCCCGCUGGGCCGAGAAGAGCGGCCAGUCCGACUUGCAACAUGCCCUGCUGCCUCGCACCACGGGCCUGCUGUUCUGCCUGCAAGAGCUCAAAGACACGGUUGAGUAUCUCUACGACUGCACCGUUGCGUACGAGGGCGUUCCCCGUGGCGCCUACGGCCAAGACCUCUUCACGCUCAAAUCGACGUACUUCGAAGGCCGUCCCCCCAAGUCCGUAAACAUGCACUGGCGGCGCUUCCGCAUCGCAGACAUCCCCGUCUCCGACACCGCCGCCUUCGAGCAAUGGGUGUUGGCACGCUGGCGCGAGAAAGACGAGCUGCUCGAAGAGUACCUCUGCACAGGCCGGCUACCAGCCGACGAGGGCGUAAGCCUCGAGACAAAGGAUAAGACGCGGCGCGAAAAGUCCAACGGCACGACAAAGCCGGACGCGGUCGAGGGCAUCCGGGGCGCCGGCUGGAUCGAGACGGAAGUGCGGCCGCGCAACCCGCUCGAGUUUUUGCAGAUUUUCGUCCCUGGGCUCGCGGCGCUGCUGCUGGCGAAUGUGGCGCGCGUCGCUUGGAGGCUGGUUGCGACUAUUUUGGCGGGGUCUUCUGCUGCGGGUAAGGCUGCUGUGCCGUCGGUUGUUGCGACUGCUGGUGGCGAGGUGGGUGUGGGUGCGGGUAUGGGUGCUACUGGAGUUGAUGCAGUGGUGGCGACGGCGACGGCGACGGGCGCGGCGGCUGUCGUGUAGUGCCUGCUGUAAGUGGGUGGAUGAGAGAGGAAGAGAGAGCGAGGGGGUUAUGGUUAGCUCGACGCACGUCCUCACUCAGCUACGGCGAUGGGGGCGGAACGGAGUAAAGCGGAGGUAUUUUGACUAUGCACGACGGGCGUGGUCAUGGCACGGGCAUGGGAAGGCGUACUGCAUUGCAUUGCAUUGCAUUGCAUUGCAUUGCAUUGCAUACGCUUAAACACUUCACUACACUACACACCACACACUACACUACACCACACACAACACAACACACUCAGACGCAUAGAUAGAUAGACUACGGACUACGGAGUAGGGACAACGGACAACGGCUAGGGACUAAGUAGGAACGAGGGACGAGGACGAAGGCGAAGUGUUAACAAGGGGGAAGGGCAGCUGGAGGAGCGGUUUGAUACCCAUCAACAAGACACAAACACGAGUUUUUUCUG